AUGCUGAAGCGAUUGAAAAAUAUUUUUACUACAUCCAAUGGUGAUGAUACAACACAUUCGAAAAAUUCGAAUGAUUAUUUUUUUAAAAAUAAACCUUUAUAUAAAGAACAAUCACCAUUAAUUGAAUGGAAAUUAAUUAAAGAAUUAGGUGAUGGUGCUUUUGGAAAAGUAUAUCAAGCAUAUAAUGAACAAAAUAGACAAUAUGGUGCAGUAAAAAUUAUUGAAGAUUGUACUGAUGAUGAAUUACAUGAACAUACAGUUGAAAUAAAUAUUUUAGCUGAAUGUAAUCAUCAAAAUAUAAUUAAUUUUCAUGAUGCUUAUUAUUAUGAAAACAAAUUAUAUAUUUUUCUUGAAUAUUGUACAUAUGGUGCUGUCGAUAAUAUAAUGACAACACUUGAACAUGGUUUAGAUGAAAAACAAAUACGUUUUAUUGGAUAUGAAAUAUUAGAAGCAUUAGAUUAUUUACACACACAACAAUUUGUUAUACAUCGUGAUAUUAAAGCAAGUAAUAUAUUAUUAACACUAACUGGACAAGUUAAAUUAGCUGAUUUUGGUGUUUCGGUUAAAAAUUCUUAUCAAGAUCAAAAACGAAAUGAAUAUAUUGGAACUGUUUAUUGGAUGGCACCUGAAGUGUUCUUUUGUGAAGCUAGUACAGAUAAUUCAUAUGAUUAUCGUGUCGAUAUAUGGUCAUUUGGUAUAACAUUAAUUGAAAUGGCUGAAAUGGACCCACCACAUCAUGAAAUGCGUGCUGAACGUGUUGGUGCAAAAAUUCGACAAGCAGCACCACCAACAUUAAAAGAUUCACGUCUAUGGAGUACAGAUUUUUCUAAUAUAUUAUCAUAUUGUUUAAAACGUAAUCCAAUGGAACGUUUAACAUGUUAUGAAUUAAAACAACAUCCAUUUAUGUUAGAUACUAAAUCAUUACGUUCAUCAAUACUUUAUUUACUUGAAGAAUAUAAAGCUACACCUGUUGUUGAAGUUGUUGAAGAAGAAUUUAUUCUUCCUACAUCUCAAUCAAAAGAUGAUUUAAAACAUGAACAUCGUCUUUCAAAAGCAUCAAGUAUAGAAGAAAUUAAAAAAUUUCCUAUCCCAGUAACUCGUACUUUUUCUGAUGAUGAUGAAGAUAAUAAUAAUAAUAAUAAUGAUAAUGAUGAUGCUGAUGAUGAUGAUCAUUCAUCAAUAGCUGGUGGUGAUGUUGCAACAACUAUUGAUGAUAGUCAAACUAAUCAAGAUAAUAAUCAAAUUGGAUCAAAUAUUGUACUCAAACAAUUUCGACGUUUAUCAAGUACUGAAAUCAUACCAACAUCACAACCUUUACCACCACAGCCGUCUGUAAUCGCAACUGACGAUAAUAAUAAAUCAAAAGAAUCGAGCAAUAUAACAAUUAAACCACCAGCACCACCAACAGCAACAAAAUCAUCAUCAUCAAAUAAAAUUCCAAAAGCACCACCAUUACCAGCAUUUCCUUUGAACAGUAAUGCUAAUCCUAUAGUAAUUACUACUCAAUUUCAAGCACCAAAAACUCGUGCUGUAUCUGAACCGAAAGAAACAACAACAAAUUUAAAAGCUCCACCAUCACCAACCAUACCAAAUAAACAUCGUACACCACCUCCAUCAUCACCAACAAUACCAAUUAAACGUCUAAUACCAACUCCACCACCCCCAGUAUCAAUUGUCAAUGAAGAUAUAAAUAAAUCUACACCACUAGACACUAUUACUCAACAAAAAGUUCCAUCACCAGAAAAAAAUAAACCAAUAAAUAGUAGACUUUUAUUAUCAUUAUCAAUGUUUGUUCCACCACCAACAAUACAAAAUGCAUCGAAUGUUCGUAUUGGUGGUAAUAUUGAAAUAGGUCGUCUUGAAAUGAAAGAUUUAGCUGAUAAAGAACUAGAUAAUAUCUAUGAAUCCUAUAUUAAUGAUUUAAUAGAAGAAGUUAUUCAAUCUGAUUUUGAAAAACCAUCUAUUCCUGAAGUUAUACUUGCUGUUAUAACGGAUUUAACAAAUGAUGAUGAUGAUGCAGAUCAAAAUAAUCAACAACAAUACUUAGAUGAUUUUAAUCAAAUUUAUAAUUUUAGUCAAGAUAAACCACAUCCAACACAACCAAUCGUUUAUAAUAAUUAUAAUAAUGAUGCAAAUGGUGAUAUUGAUAAUUAUUAUACACGUGUACAUCAAACAAUAAAAACUUCUAGUGGUUUAACUAAUCAUGAUUCAAUACGUAGUACAAAUAGUUCAAAUCAAAGUACAGGUUUACCAUCAGCAACAGAUCCAACAUCAACUUAUUUAACAACACGAGCAACACGUCGUCGAACUAUACGAACAACACGAAGAUUUGUUGGACCAGAUGGUAAAGAAGAAGAAAUUGUUACGACUAAAAUUGUUGAACCACAUAAUGAUUAUCAAUCACGAUUAUCUGAACGAAAAGAAGCACAUCGUGAAUUUCGUCGUUUAUAUCAUCUUGAAGAAAAACGUCGUCAACAAUUAUUAAAUCGUCAUGAAUUUGAAAUAGAAGAACAACGACAAGAAUUUCGUCGUAAACGUGAUGAAUUAAUAAAAAAAUAUGAUUUUGAAUUACAAACAAUGGAACAAAAACAAAAAAUUGAAAUUGAACGUGAAAGUGUUUUAUUAACAAAUGAAUAUAAUAAAAAAAUGAAACAAAUAAAAAUUGAUCAAGAAAAAGAAUUAAAAUUAUUUCGUGAACAAAUUCGUGAACAAUUUAAACAAAUUAAACGUGAAUUUGAUUCACCAUAUAAUACUGCAAAUAAUCCCAUGUAUUUAAAUAAUAAUGGCACUCAAUCAAUAAAAGAUCGUAAGGAACAAUUAAAACGUUAUUUAGUUGAAAAAGAAAAUGAAUCAUUUAUACGUGAAAAACAAUUUAUUGAUAAUCAACAACAAACACUUGAAAAUCAAUUAAAAACAAUUGAAAAUUAUCAUAAACAACGUAUACAAAUUUUAGAACGACAAUUUCUUAUUGAAAAACAAAAUUUACUUAAAACAAAAGAACAAGCAUUAUGGGAAAUUGAUGAACAUGAAUUACGUUCACGUUAUGAUCUUUUACGUAAACAAACAAAAUCAUUUUAUUCAUUAUUUCGUACAAUGUUAGCACAACAAUCCGAAAAAGAAUUACAACAAUUAGAUGAUCAAAUGCGUUUUGAACGUGAUACACUUGAAGCACGUUUAAAUGAUGAUAGACGUGAAUGGCCAAGAACAUGGAAAAAAAUGCAAAAAACACGAAAUAAACAAUUUCGACAACAAUUAAUUAUUAAUAAAACACCAUUUGAAGAGGAAAAAAUUUUACUUAAAAAGUUUGAAAAUGAUGAAAAUGAAAGACGUCGUAUUCAUGAAGAUCGUUUAAAAGAAAAACAUCGUCGUUUAAUACAAAAUCUUCAAAAUAAACAUCAAACGACAAAAAAUGAAUUAUUACUUGUUCAAAGACAAAAAUUAGAACAAUGUGUCGAAUUUGAAACGCGUAAAUUACAAGAACUUCAAUCAACUUUUGAAAGUGAUUGGAUUGAAUUUCGUAAUACACAAAAAACAAGGAAAUUGAUUGAUCAGUUUAAUAUACGUUCAUGUCCAGAAUCACCAAUAAAAAUUACGAGUCAGAAUAAUGAAAAACAUUCGCAAUCUAUUGAGAAUAAUAGACAAUUUCAGACAUUUGUCUUCAAUGCCGAUGAGAUUUCUCUUGAAGCUUUACUUGAUCCCAAUUUUCGUCCAAUGACAACAUUAGAACAACAACGGAAACAAUCUCAACAAAUUUAUUAUAACAGCUAUCCUUCUUCACAACGAGCACCAUCAACUACAACACAACUUGCUCGUUACGUACGAGCUUCAUUUGAUCCAUUAACAGAUUUACCACCAAUUCAACCAUUUUCUACAAUACCUACUCGUCGUCGUCCAUCUGCUUUCAACAAUUCAUCUAUUAUGCAUCUUUGA